AUGGGAAUCCUCAAAUCGAGUGUUUAUCGGACGUUGAAACGAGCUCAUUGGAAAAGUUACGUUCCAAAUUUAAUUCAAGCCCUCAAUCAAGAUGAUCCUGAUCGGCGAGUUCAAUUUUGCAAAUGGUAUCUGGACAAAUUUGCAGAAGAUGCAACGUUUCCAAAGAAAAUCUUAUGGAGCGAUGAGGCCACCUUCAAGUUAAAUGGUUCAGUCAACCGACAUAAUUGCACAUACUGGGCCCGUGAAAAUCCACAUUUUACUAUGAAACACCAUCUGAACUUACCAGGCGUUACAGCGUGGUGUGGGAUAUCAACAUUGGGUAUCUUUGAACCAUUUUUGUUUUACCAAACUGUUAAUGGCCCAGUCUACUUAAACUUACUGAUGGAAAACGUCAGUCCACGAAUUGAAGAGAUGUUUGGGGGCGAGGGGAUUUACUUCCAGCAAGAUGGUGCUCUUCCUCACUACCAUCAUGAUGUACUGGCUUACAUCGAUGCAACAAAUCCAAACAAAUGGAUUGGGAGGAAAGGUAGCAUUGAAUUUCCUGCACGUUCCCCAGACCUCACGCCAAUGGAUUCUUUUUGA